AUGUUAGUGAGUGUAAAUUCUGGACGUUUGGUAUGCCAGGGAAGUGUAAUUACACAGAAAAACCAUCUGGUGAAAAUAUUGGGCGCCACAGAAAAUCAUGUUACAGAAAGGCAUCUUAAAAGAUGUUGCCCUUAUAAUUUCGAUAGUAAAUUCUGUCGAGCUGUGGGUGAUAGAAUUUUGUGUGGAUAUAACAGAAAUGUUGGGACAGAUGGGAACGAUGAUGGUGUGGAUUUACAUAAUGGUUGCAGGCUCAAACAUGGAAGAUUAGAAUGCGGGUACCAUCAACCACCAUACACAAAUUCUCGCAGACCGCUUGUUUCGGAUGACGUUGACUCAGAUCAAGAAUAUACUAAUAUUGAUACCACCUCUUCUUCCUAUAAAAAACUUUAUGCUCCUGAAACUACUAAAUCACCACAGUUAACUUCGCAGUAUACUGAUGUACCAUGUGUGGUAUAUAAUAUAUGUCGA